AUGGAAGAGCUGGAUGCCUUGUUGGAGGAACUGGAGAACUCCACCCUCGAGGACAGUGAGGACUAUUCCAGCUCAGCCUUGCUUCCGCAGGACCAGCAUUCCAGAAAGGAGACCACGCUUGCCAAGACGUCACAGGUUCUGACCUCUGAGGAUGACUCAACUCCCUUGCAGGCGCAGCUGGUGUAUACUACCAAUGUCCAGGAGCCUAAUGUGUACAGUGAGAUCCAAGAACCUCCGAAAUCUCAAGCACUUCCUAAAACCUCAGCAGCAGCCCAGCUGGAUGAGCUCAUGGCGCACCUGUGUGAAAUGCAGGCCAAGGUUGCAGGGAAAGCAGACAUAGGCACGAAACUCUUACCAGACAAGCAGGACCCCAAAGACUCCCUAGACUCUAUGCUGGGGGACUUGCAGCAGGACCUGCAGGACCUGGGAAUUGCGACGGUGCCCAAGGGCCAUUGUGCUUCCUGCCGGAAACCAAUUGUUGGAAAGGUGAUCCAUGCUCUCGGCCAAGCCUGGCACCCGGAGCACUUCAUCUGUGCUCACUGCAAAGAGGAGAUUGGCUCCCGUCCCUUCUUCGAGCGGAGCGGCGUGGCUUAUUGCCAGCAAGACUACCACCACCUUUUCUCUCCACGCUGUGCUUACUGUGCUGCUCCCAUCCUGGACAAAGUGCUGACGGCGAUGAACCAGACCUGGCACCCAGAGCACUUCUUCUGCUCUCACUGUGGGGAGGUGUUUGGUGAGGAAGGCUUUCACGAGAAGGACAAGAAGCCAUAUUGCCAGAAGGAUUUCUUAGCCAUGUUCUCACCAAAAUGUGGUGGCUGCAACCGCCCCGUGUUACAGGACUACCUGUCAGCCAUGGACACUGUCUGGCACCCGGAGUGCUUUGUGUGUGGGGACUGCUUCACCACUUUCUCUACUGGUUCCUUCUUUGAACUCGAUGGACGCCCCUUCUGCGAGUUUCAUUACCACCACCGCCGAGGAACCCUCUGCCGUGGGUGUGAGCAGCCCAUCACCGGCCGCUGCAUCAAUGCCAUGGGGUACAAGUUCCACCCGGAGCACUUCGUGUGCGCUUUCUGCCUGACGCAGUUAUCCAAGGGCAUCUUCAGGGAACAGAAUGACAAGACCUAUUGCCAACCCUGCUUCAAUAAGCUCUUCUCGCUGUAA